GGGAGCUGCAUCUUUUCUCCCAGAGUUCGAUCGACACAUUGAAGUGGAAACUGUCCUUAAGUCGACCUGAAGCGAGUUCAGGUUUGAGCUCUGUGAUGGAUCAGUGUGAGAACGAAGAGGAGGGAGCCGGUCCCUCUAAAACCACCCUGCAUCAGGAACAUGAAGCUCAGAGCCCAGAGCAGCAGUACACACCAGACUCUCCUGAACCUGGACCUGGACCUGGAUCUGCAGCCAGCUGUGUGUCCCUGAAGAGUGCUCGGUCCAUGACUCCACCACCAGACUUUAAACAGCCAGAGACAGAGAUGCAGCAGCAGAGACCGGACUGUCCUGAACCGAUCCAUGUGUCCAUGAAAAGUGAUUGGUCUAUGGUUGAUCCUCUUAGCUUUGACAAUAAAGGAGUACAGCAGAAAGACUCAGAGGUUCUUGGCGAUCAGUCCACCCAGCGACAUCAAGCAGACCUGCACUCCAUAAUAAUGCUGCUUGAGGAGAGCAUCGUCACUUUUGUUAAGAACGAGUUGAAGAGAGUUAAAAGGGUUCUGUCAUCAAAGGACCCAGGAUGCUUACAGAGUAUGGAAGAGGAGGAGCUGGUCAGCAAUGAAGACGAGCAGGUGGGGGUCAGCAGAGAGGCAUUUCUGAAGAUCACACUGCAAUUCCUGCGGAGAAUGAAGCAGGAGGAUCUAGCUGACUGCCUGCAGAGCAGAACUCAGACUGAAGGAACUGCAGAUUUCAGAAAUAAACUGAAGUCUAACCUGAAGAAGAAGUUUCAGUGUGUGUUUGAGGGGGUUGCUAAAGCAGGAAACCCAGCUCUUCUGAAUCAGAUCUACACAGAGAUCUACAUCACAGAGGGUGGGACUGCAGAGGUCAAUAAUGAACACGAGGUCAGACAGAUUGAAACAACAUCCAGGAAACAGAACCAACCUGAAACUAUGAUCAAACAUGUGGACAUCUUUAAACCCUCACCUGGACGAGAAGAACCAAUCAGAACAGUGAUGACUAAAGGAGUUGCUGGGAUUGGGAAGACAGUCUUAACACAGAAGUUCACUCUGGACUGGGCUGAAAACAAAGCCAAUAAGGACAUACACUUCACAUUCCCAUUCACUUUCAGAGAGCUGAAUGUGCUGAAAGAACAAAAGUACAGCUUGGUGGAACUUGUUCAUCAAUUUUUUAUUGAAACCAAGGAAGAUGGAAUCUGCAGGUUUGAAGAUUUUAAGGUCUUGUUCAUCUUUGAUGGUCUGGAUGAGUGUCGACUUCCACUGGACUUUCACAACAAUGAGAUCCUGACUGAUGUUGCAAAAAGCACCUCAGUGGAUGUGCUGCUGACAAACCUUAUCAGGGGGAAACUGCUUCCCUCUGCUCAGCUUUGGAUAACCACACGACCAGCUGCAUCCAGUCAGAUCCCUCCUGAGUGUGUUGACAGGGUGACAGAGAUCAGAGGGUUUAAUGACCCACAGAAGGAGGAGUACUUCAGGAAGAGAUUCAAAGACGAGGAGCAGGCCAGCACGAUCACCUCCCACAUCAAGACAUCUCGUAGCCUCUACAUUAUGUGCCACAUCCCGGUCUUCUGCUGGAUCACUGCUACAGUUCUGGAAGACAUGCUGAAAACAAGAGAGCCAGGAGAGCUCCCCAAGACCCUGACUGAGAUGUACAUCCACUUUCUGGUGGUUCAGUCCAAACUGAAGAACAUCAAGUAUGACGGAGGAGCUGAGACUGAUCCACACUGGAAUAACAAUAACAUAGAUAUGAUUUUGUCUCUGGGAAAAUUGGCUUUUGAGCAGCUGCAGAAAGGCAACUUGAUAUUCUAUGAAUCAGACCUUGAAGAGAGUGAGAUUGAUAUUAAAGCAGCCUCAGUGUGCUCAGGGGUUUUCACACAGAUCUUUAAAGAGGAGAGAGGACUGUACCAGGAGAAGGUGUUCUGCUUCAUUCAUCUCAGCAUUCAAGAGUUUCUUGCUGCUCUUCAUGUCCAUCUGACAUUCACCACCUCUGGUGAUAAUCUUCUGUCAGAAGAAGAGACACCAUCCUGGUUGUAUCAGUUAUUUGUUGACGGAUCACCAACUUUCUACCAGAGUGCAGUCGACAAGGCCUUGAAAAGUCCAAAUGGACAUCUCGAUUUGUUCCUCCGCUUCCUUCUCGGUCUUUCAGUAGAGACAAAUCAGAAAUACCUAAACGUUCUGCUUCCAAAUACAGGAUAUGGCUCACAGGCCCAUGAGAAAACGGUUCAAUACAUCAAGACGAAGAUCAGUAAAAAUGUGUCUCUGGAGAAAAGCAUCAAUCUGUUCCACUGUCUGAAUGAACUCAAUGACAGUUCUCUAGUGGAGGAGAUUCAAGAGUACCUGACAUCGGGACGUCUCGUGACAGAUGAACUAAGUAAUUCUGAGUGGUCAGCCCUGGUGUUCAUCUUGUUGUCACCAGAAAGAAACCUGGAUGUGUUUGACCUGAAGAAAUACUCUGCUUCAGAGCAGACUCUUCUGAGGCUGCUGCCAGUGGUCAAAGCCUCCAACAAAGCUCUAUUGAGAAGUUGUGGCCUGACAGAAAGAAGCUGUAAAGCCCUGUCUUUAGUUAUCAGCUCCCAGUCAUCCAACUUGAGAGAGCUGGACCUGAGUAACAACAACCUGCAAGACUUGGGGGUGAAGUUGCUGUCAGCUGGACUCAAUGCUCCAAAUUGCAAACUAGCUGUACUCAGAUUCAGUGGUUGUGCACUGUCUGAUAAAAGCUGUGAGGGCCUGUCUUCAGUUUUCAUCUCUCAGCCAUCUGCUCUGAGAGAGCUGGACCUGAGUAACAACAACCUGCAGGAUUCAGGGGUGAAGACACUCUCAGCAGGACUUAAGAGUCCAAACUGUACAUUGGAAACUCUCAGGUUGAGGGACUGCAAACUAUCUGCAAGAAGCUGUGAAGCUCUGUCCUCAGUUCUUAGCUCCCAGUCCUCUAGCCUGAGAGACCUGGACCUGUGUGACAACGACCUGUUGGAUUCAGGAGUGAAGCUGCUGUCUGCUGGACUGGAGAGUCAAACCUGUAAACUGGAAACACUAAGACUGUCAGGCUGUCUAGUCUCAGAGGAAGGAUGUACAUCUCUGGCUUUAGCUCUGAGCUCCAACUCCUCCCAUCUGAGAAAGUUAGACCUGAGCUAUAAUCAUCCAGCGGACUCAGGAGUGAAGCAGCUGUCUGCUGGACUGGAUGAUCCACACUGGAGACUACACAGCCUCAAGGUGGACUAUGGCGGACUGCAGAGACUGAAACCUGGUAUCAAAAAGUAUGUCUGUGAACUGGAAGUGGACACAAACACACUGAGCAGAAACCUCACACUGUCUGCUGACAAAAGGACGGUGACAUAUACGGAGGAGGAUCAGCCUUAUCCUGAUCAUCCGGACAGAUUUAAAUCUCCUCAAGUGUUUUGUACAAAUGCUUUAAUGGGUCGCUGUUACUGGGAAGUUGAGUGUACAGGAAAGGUUGAGGUAGCAGUGGCUUACAGAAGAAAGAACAGCAGAGGAGUUAUUGACUUAGAGUUUCGGGAUUGUGAUCAGUCAUGGAGUCUGAGAAGAUCUAGACAUGGUGGUUAUAAAGUCUGGCACAAUGGUGUGGCAAACAUCUCGUACCCCUCUUCCUCAGAAAGAGUAGCAGUGUACUUGAACCAUCCUGCUGGCAUUUUGUCCUUUUACAUAGUCGACGCUGGCACGCUGGUGCACCUCCGCACCUUCAAAACCACAUUCACUGAACCUCUUUAUGCUGGGUUUGCUUUCCAGAACAGAUAUUAUAGUUCAUCAGUGUCUCUUUGCUCUCUGUAGGUCUAAGAGUCUCAGACAUUCUGCUGACUGACAGUAAACUUUUCUCUCCUUCACACACACUCUGCAAUGCAAUGACCAUCUGUCUCAGACUCACAUUUAAUUCAUAACUCAAUGUUUUCCUGUCAGCAUUCAUUUAGACAAUCCUCCACCUGCUGUCUUUCAACAGUCAAAUGCAUCAAGAAUCUUUGAUGUAUAAAAUUAGGGGUGUCUCCAACUACGGAUUUACAUCAUUGAACCUACAGCAGCUACAAUCUAUGCAUCUUUCCUACCACUGACAAAGAAACACAGAUUUUUACUGUUUUGUGACGUACCAUUUGAGGAUUAACUGUACCCUGCACUCUUACUAUUCCAACUCAAAUGGUCCUGCUACAUCAACAAGGGUCUGCACUAAACAAAUACAGUGAAAGAUUUAAUCCAAAUACAUUACAUUCAUGAGGAUCUAUAGGGUGCUCCCCCUGUUCCUGAUCUCCCACUGUAUUUCUGUAAUAAUUCAUUUUUAUGAAUAAAUUCUGUUGAUCCAUUAAAAUGGCUUACGCAUUCUGUCACCUCGUUGGGCCAAUAUUGACCCCCCAUUCCUUGUUCCCAGCCUACGUUAGCUAAUAAGGGCUAAAAUGAGGUGCCUGCCCCUAUUCUUAUGUAUCUAUACCAGAGGUCAGAUUCUCUGCCCAAGCCCGGCCCACUUACGGUCUCAUUUUAUGACGUCUUCUUCUUUUUUUUUCUUUGUUAAGCACUUUGGUCAACCUUUGCUGUUUUUAAACGUGUGAUAUACAUUUUAAUAAUAAUUUUUAAAGUUGACUCGAUGUGGUUCUGAACGUCAGACUCUUCUUCAGCAUUCAGCCCAAUGCUUCGUGCCUAUUGUCGGCUCAUAGCCGUGCUGAUAUUCACUUUGACAUCACAACCUUUAGUGUGGUAUUGUUUCAAUGAUUUUUAUUUCCAUUUUCAUAAAAAUCACAGCACAGAUUUUUUUAAAGAACCUCCUUUAAUCACAAUGCAGUGUCAUCAAUACUCAUCCAAUAAAGUCUUUAAAGAUCCACUAAGUAACAGUAACAAGUCCUUUUCUCUGUGUAAUUAAAGAUGACUCAUCAGAGUUAAAGCGCUUCAAAUAUCUGUAAUCUGUAAUACAUUUUAUCAGUAAAUGAACUUCAUCUUGUAUAUAUCUUUUCUAGUCCUCUGACUACUCAAAGUGCUUUGACACUUCAGGUCACACCUACACAUUCACACACUGAUGGGAGAGGCUGCUAUGUAAAGUGACCAUCAGAAGUAACUAAUCCCAUU